AUGGCCGAUGCCCUCUCGGUUACAGACUUCGCACCGAGAUACGCCACGGUCUGCCGCAGCAGCUCGGCUCAACGCUCCGACCCCAAUGACGCAACUGUCAACCGCAGCCAAUCAUCAGUCACGCUGCGGCCCAGGAGGAAAGGCCGGCCCCCGACUCCGCCGAAACGGUCGUGUUCCUCCAUCUCCGGGGGCGACGGGCUGGGGGAGGGGCUGGGGGUAGUAGGGAUCAGGGAGAGGAGAGCCAGCGACUGUGGAGGGCUGGCGGAGAGGAGGGGGGAGGGGGGGCUGGUGAGGUCAGAGGGGGCGGGGGGGAGCGUCCGGAGCAUCGCCGCCAUGUUGGAGACAUCGAUGGGAGGAGUUGGUCCUGGAGGGGGAGGGGCCAAGACCCUGCCCAGAACCAUGGGAGGCAGAGGCAGCUACCUCAACCCUACACAGUUUAGUCCGGGGCGGCGUUACGUCGCCAGGCCGGGUCAGGUGGUCUGGGGUCUCAUGUGUAAUCGUCGCCAGGCCGGGUCAGGUGGUCUGGGGUCUCAUGUGUUAGUCCGGCGGCGCUGCGCCGCCAGGCCGGGUCAGGUGGUCUGGGGUCUCAUGUGUAAUGUGUGUAUAAUCCGGCAGGUUAGUCCGGCGGCGUUGCCCGCCAGGCCGGGUCAGGUGGUCUCGGAACCCCGCCCACGCUCCACGGUCGUCACGCCGACAGGAGAAGGGCUUAUUACGGAUGGAACAGCGACCAUCAACCGAAGGAGAAAGCCCCGCCCCCCCAACUAUUCUGACGCAGAGAAGUUCCAUCUGACGGAGACAGACACCAUUCGGCGACGCCCACGCAGCAAUGACCAAUCAGACAACAGCACAACCAGCAGCAGCCAACCAGAGAUUAGCACAACCAGCGUCGACCAACCAGCGAGCGCCAUACCUGGCAGCGACCAACCAGAGAGCAGCAGGAAGAGCGUUGACCAACCAGAGAGCAGCAUUGACCAAUUGCAUCGCAGCCAGUUGGCCCCCCAGCAGGUGAACGGAGGGGUCGACCAAUCACACCGCAUCAUCCUGCGGAUGCGGCCCGGGUCGGAGGCUGAGGGGGAGGUGGCCUCUCGCAGGGAGAGCUGUGAUAGGCCAGAAGUCAGGAAACCGCUGAAGCCGCCGGUGUCGCCCAAACCCUCGAUGGCGGCCGUGAGGAGACAGCAGCAGGACCCCCCCACCCCGACCAGACGCGUCCCCUUGCCUGGGCCUGAAGCUGACAGUCCUGCAGAUCCGAGGUGGAUGCCUCCCCCAGUCUCCUUCAAACCCUGCCCUCCUCCCACCGGUCCUAAACCCACCAAACCCUCACUCUCCUCCCCCACCCCUCUCCCUAGACCUCUCCCUAUCCCAGACACCCUCACCCCACCCUCCCUGUCCCCUGUCCCCCCCUACACCUCCUCCUCCUCUCCCACCACCAGCCCCUCCACUCCCCAGACCCCCUCCACCCCCGGUUCCACCCCCCACCCCGUCAAGCCUCCCCGCUCCUCUAUUUCUGGCCUCUCUGUCGACCUGCUUUCUCUACUGGAGGAGAAGACGACAGUCAACAUUCUAGAUGACAUCGGCAGCAUGUUUGACGACCUGGCGGACCAGUUGGACGCCAUGUUGGACUAG